AAUGUGUAAUAGUUUGUUUAUGUGAAAAAACAAAGGGUUAUUCCAGUUUCUCUCAAUUUCCGAACCGAGUAAAAGGGAAACCGACAGUCUACCGACAGUCUAGCCAAGUCAAUGAAGCUGAGGAAGACUUUGAAAGUUGGGUCAAGCUCUAUUGCUAUGCUUUGUUUUGGAAGAUUUAUGCAAGGUUAUGACAGUGAAGUAUUUCUACAAGAGCCUUACCUUGCCUGAGAGAAUGGAUCUAAUUGGAACGCUUUUUAAGGCAGCACAAAUGGGAGACGCCAAUGAAUUACGUUCCUUAAUCGACGAGGAUGAGCUAAUUCUUGCUCGCAGUUCUCUAGCUAGCACAGCGGAUACUGCUCUGCACAUUGCGACAUUAGCUGGGAAACUCAAUUUCGUGGAGGAGUUAAUGACCCUCAAGCCUGAACUGGCUGAGAGACUAAACAGAGAUGGUUUUAGCCCAAUUCACAUUGCUUCGGCUAAUGGGUACACAGAGAUAGUAAGAGUGCUCCUGCGAAGAGGCGGGGAAAUGAUGAGUCAUCUUAGAAGUGGAGAUGGAAGAACAGCACUUCAUUUUGCUGUAAUUACAGGGAGUAUUGAUGUUGUACUUGAAUUGAUCACAGCGGUUCCUGAGUGCAAGAAUGAUUUGACGCAUGAACAAGAGUCUGUGUUUCACCUUGCAGUGAAGAAUUGCCAGUUUGAAGUUUUCGGACAGCUUGUUUGGAAGUUGAAGGCACAAAACCAACAAGAGCUGAAAGUUAUGCUGAAUGCUCGGGACUGCCAAGGCAAUACAAUUCUCCAUCUUGCAACAUCUAGAAAGCUGCACAGAAUUGUUAAAGUCCUGUUGGGCGAGGAUGAUGCCAUUGCUAUAGAUAAAGUGGAUGUGAACGUCAAGAACAAGAACAAUUUAACUGCGCUUGACAUGUCUUAUGUUCCAGAAAAUACUAUAAGUGGAGCAGAAGCAAAUGGGAAGAGCAUCCGCAGCAUGCUUCAACAUGCAGGAGCACUUAGAAGCCAAGAUAUUGUUAUACCUCAACAUGCAAAUCCUACGGUAUGUUUCCAUUGUCUUCCUAGGACACUGCGUGAGUAUUUCUCCGAGCAAGUUUCCUCCUUGUUUACUUGUAAGAUGUGGGCAAAAAUGAAAAAGGAAAUAGAAAAUUCAACCUCAGAGAUGCGAAGUGCAGUGAUGGUUGUGGCAGUACUGAUUGCAACUGUCACCUUUCAAUCAGUUUCAAGUCCCCCAGGUGGUUUUCAACAAUCGAAUAAUGAUAUUGGGUUCCAAGAACAUUCAAAUGGAAUGGCUGCAGUGGCAUCUGAUCCUGUGAUUUACGUUACACUUAUGAUUUUGAACUUGGUCGGAUUCUUUUCUUCAAUUGCUAUGAUCCUAAUGCUCACAAGUGGAUUUCCUCUCAAGAAUCUUCUGAGGAUGGCUGUCCUAGCCACAUCUGGUAGCUUUCUGAUCACAGUAGUUUACAUUGGACCAACUGAAUACAAUGCAACUUAUGUAGUGGCAAUGGUCAUGACUGCCAUUGUGUUGCUGCAAGUCGUUCGCUUCAUUUUUUGGCUAGGAAAUAGAUUUGUAGAUUGUGGAAGUUGUUGUGGUUCUUCUGUGACAGAAAACAACAGUGGGGUGUAAGAUGAACCAAUUGUCUAGAUGUAGAAGUUGAUGAAUCUUGAAGUAGAAUUCCAUUCCUCUCAACUACGAGAAUGAACCCUAAAACCCACUGUAUCUCCUCCUUUUGUAAUGUUCCCUUUGCCCCCAUUUUCAUUUUUAUAAUGUUUGAAGUUUUUGCGUUCUUUUAUUAGAAGAUAAGGUUUUGAUUUUUCA